UCUCUCUUCUUUAUCAGUCUUCCCAUCAGUCUUCUCCAGUCUUCUCCAUUGAAGCUUCACCAAAUGGUAAUGGAAUAUUUUCAGAUCUAAAGGCCAAAUGUCUACUAAUCAACACGCCCAUGUCAUUUGGGACAAAGCAAAGAACGGAUUAGAAAACUGGAAGCAACUAUACGAGAAAUGGGAUCUUCGUUUUUUCAUCAUCAUCAGUCUCUUUUUCCAGUUCUUUCUCAUCGUCGCCGCCCCUCUACGACGGCGCUCAGCCAACCCUUACCUCGUAUUCUUUAUUUGGAUCUUCUAUCUCCUCGCCGACUAUGUCGCCAAUUACUCCCUCGGUCUUAUUGCCAAGAGUCAAGUCCGGCGAGUUGAUCCCACCGGACCUUUCCAAAACCCGGAUCUCCUCGCGUUCUGGGCACCCUUUCUCCUCGUACACCUCGGAGGCCCCGACACCAUUACUGCUUACGCUCUUCAGGAUAACGAGCUCUGGCUCCGUCAUCUGUUCAGUCUCCUUUUUCAAACAGGAAUCGCCGCGUACGUUUUCAUCCUCACUCUCGCAGCUAAAAACCGUCUAUGGACUCCAACUCUACUAAUGUUCCUCGCCGGAUUCAUAAAAUACUCUGAACGCACGCAAUCGCUUUACCUCGCUAGCGUCAGGCGUUUUCGUGAAUCUUUGUUAACCGAGCCCGACCCUGGUCCGAAUUACGCGAAACUCAUGGAUGAAUACCACUCGAAGAUGCAAGCUAACCUCCCCACUAAGAUUGAGAUGAUUCCGGAGCCUCGUAAGGAAAUUCAUGUGAAAGUGGAAAAGGAUCAACCUUUAGACGAUCUUCAGAUCGUCAGAAAGGCUAAUGAGUUAUUCAUGACUUUCAAAGGGCUAAUUGCAGAUCUAAUCUUCAGUUUUCGUGAGCGAAACCAGAGCCAAACCUACUUCCUUAACAGGACAGCCAGAGAAGCAUUCACCAUUGUUGAGGUAGAACUCAAUCUGUUCUUUGAUAUUCUUUACACUAAAGCUGUCGUGAUUCAACGCCCUACAGGGUACAUUGUUCGUUUAGUCUCGUUUAUUUCGAUUGUAGCUUCCCUCUUGUUAUUCUACUUCGAGUCCAAAUUGAGUUUUCAUUCUUUCGAUGUUGGAGUGACCUACUUACUCCUAGGAGGUGGCAUUUUUCUAGAUGUUCUAUCGUUCUUCAUGCUGAUUUUCUCUGAUUGGACUGCGGUUGCUGUUACAAAAGCAGACAGACCCAAUUGGUUCAUGAAAUGGAUUAGGAAACUUCUCUUUGUCAAUAGAAAGAGAUGGCCAAACGAUCUUGAUGAUUCACCUAACUGGUUUAAUCGCUUUAAGGAUGUCAUGUUCCAUAGAAGAUGGUCUCAAACGAUCCCUCAAUAUAACCUAAUAUACUAUUGUUUAAACCAACGUUCAACGAUUAAGGCCACAUUCAUCAGCCUUGUGGGACUAACCAACAUUCUCGACGGGAUAAAAUACGUGAGAACGAAGCGAUUCAACGCAAAAUUGAGAGACUUCAUCUUCCACUCGCUUAAAGAGAAAUCCAUCAUGGCUGACGAUCUCGAGACCUCCAAAGAAAUAUACUCGUCAAGAGGCGAUUGGGCGCUCCGACUUAAGGAUAAAAGUGAGCUUCUUAGUUUCAUCAACAACGUGGACUACGAUGAGAGUGUGGUGACGUGGCAUAUAGCGACGGAUCUCUGCUAUUAUACCGAGAAAGAUAAGAACGACGUUGAAAAUCGCGAGAGAUGUAAGUUGUUGUCGAAUUACAUGUUGUAUCUCCUCAUUAGGCAACCUUCGUUACUUUCUGCCUUGGCUGGUAUCGGGGAAAUAAGGUAUAGAGAUACGUGUGCGGAGGCGUUGAAAUUCUUCGAAGGAAGAAAGUUGGACAAGAAGAAAGAGGAGAAGAAGAGUAUAAUAAUGGUGGCGAUUUUGUGGAUGGGAAAUAUGGUUUUAGGUUUAAUAAGAAAAAUUUAUGGUUGUUGUUGUUGUUGGGUAGAGAAGAAUGAAGCCGACGACUCUCCUCCAAACCCGUAUCAUAUAAAGGCGUGUGAAAGCAUUCUUGCGGUGUAUACGGAGGUUAAGCCUGUGACGGUUAAAGGUGAUAGGAGUAAAUCGGUUUUGUUUGAUGCUUGUAUAUUGGCGAAGAAAUUAAAGGAAUCAGAAGAUGAUAAAUGGAAAGUAAUGAGCCAAGUUUGGGUGGAAUUGUUGUCUUAUGCUGCUUGUAAUUGUAGGGCUUAUACACAUGCUGCUCAAUUGAGUAAAGGUGGACACUUGAUCACUUUGGUUUGGCUUUUGAUGACUCAUUUGGGUUUGGGGGAUCAGUUUCAAAUAAGUGAAGGUCAUGCAAGGGCUAAACUCAUUGUGGGUAAGUAAGUAGUAGUUUGAAUUCAUUUGUUGUCUUACUAUGUUUGUUUGUUUGUUUGUCUUAUGUACUUUAUGUGUUCUAGUAAUGUUGUGUUCUUGCAUUUAGGUAAGCAUGUUAUUGAUUAUUAGUUGUAUAAUGUACAUGACUUUGCUGCUUCUCAUUUACUUAUUAUUCUUCUCAU